CAGAAACUUUCUAAACUCGUUUCUCAGCUUUUUCUCCGCGCUCUCUUCAUCCUCUUACACCUCCACCUGCUGCCUAACCCCCCCACCCCCGCCGCCUCCAUGUCCUCUUCCCUGGAGGAUGAUCUCUCCUGCCCGGUGUGCUGUGAGCUCUAUCAGGAUCCUCAGCUGCUAUCUUGUGGCCACAGCUUCUGCCGCCGCUGUCUGAACAAACACCACGCCGUCAACCCUGCGCGAGCCUGUCCGGUCUGUCGCCAGACGUCUCCACAGCAACCGGUGGCAAACCUGGCUCUGAGGAACACCUGUGAGUCCUACCUGAAGGAGCGGGAGCGCGAGAGGGAGAGCGAUGUGGAGGUCAGGUGUUCUCUUCACGGAGAGAAGAUCACCUUUUUCUGCAGAGCAGAAGCGAUGCUGAUCUGCUCAGAGUGCAGAAAAUACACCCACAGCUUACACAGUGUUCAGCCUCUGACCCACGCUGUGCGCCAGCGCAAGGCUCAAGUGAAAGCAGCACUUGGUCCAGCUGAGAAAGCUCUGGAGUCCCUGAAGAACGGCACGGCUCAGAAGCCCCAGCUCUCCAAAUACAUUCAGUCUCAGGCUCAGCGAGUCGAGAAGCUGAUUAAGAAAGAGUUUGAGAAGUUUCAUCAGUUUCUCCGUGAUGAAGAGGAAGCCCGGAUCUCUGCUGUGAAGAAGGAAGGGGACCGGAAGAGGAAGAAGGUGCAAGAAAAGAUAGAGCGAGAGAUACAGUCUCUCUCUGAAAGAGUGAAGGAGGUGGAGGAGGAGCUGGAGAAUGAUGGAGCUACAUUCUUGCAGAAUUUUGACUACAUAUUGCUGAGAGCAAAGUAUACGGAGCCGGAUUCACAGUUUGGUUCUGAAAUUCUCAUCAACAUUCCGGAACAUGUGGGGAAUCUGGGGUACAGAGUGUGGCAGGAGAUGAAAGAUAAAGUUCAUUACUAUCCUGUGCUUCUGGAUCCAAACUCCGCCUCUGCUGACCUCUCGGUGUCUGAUGACCUGUCGUCUGUAGGAAAGUCAAACCAUGACCGUUCCAUCCCUAUACCUCUUCAGGGGAAUCGCCUGGUGCUUGGAUCUACAUGUUUCAUUGGUAACGGCACUCACUGGUGGGAUGUGGAGGUUGGAGACAGCAAGCACUGGAGCUUGGGGGUGUGUCUACGCUCAGAAGAAACCAACCUUUCCUUCAAUUCAUUGAAUCCUCACAACGGAUUUUGGGGCAUGAGCCGUCAUGGGGAUUCCUACAGGUUCCUGCUACCCAAUUCCAACUCGUUUCAAGUGAAGAAGAAGCUCCGAGUGGUGCGGCUACAUCUGAGUUGGCACAUUUCUCUGGGUAAACCCAGGGCGUGGCACAGGCAGAGGCUCCUGAGCUUUAUAGAUGCUGAUGACGAUUCCAUGCUUGCAUUUAUUAUUGUACCUCCCUGGGUGCCUCUGUUUCCAUUCCUGAUCCCGCAUGAUCGUUCUUCUCGUCUCCGCAUUGCUCCUGUCGAUGUGAUCCACACAGUGGAGCACACACUUCCUCUACCGACAAACGAAGAAACCAGGAAACAUGUUCUUUUUGCAAUAAUUUUGGUGAUAGCGAUGAUAGUGUCCUUCAUGUUUGGAAUGUGGAUGAAUACAUAAAGAUAUGCAUUGAGACUUUCCUUAUUCGUAUUUCCUUAUGCUUAACUUUUAUUUGUUGCUUACCAACAGGUCAUCAGUGUAGAUCAUCUCCUCGUUGGUGGCCUCCAGCAUUGAAGUCAUAGUCAGGUCCAUUGGAAUGAUAUUUAUGAUUGGUAAUAGGGUCUGUUUAGUUGUUAUUAUAAAUAACUGAUAAAAAGUGAUUUUCAAUGGUAGAUGUCAUACUGGAGCACCAGCAUUUCAGGUUAAAGCAAAUCCUUUAUACAAUAUCAUAGCGCAAACCAUGCUGAGGCCAAACAUUAGCAUUGCCGCUAAUCUGCUCCAAACCUUCCAGGCCUGGUAGCUGGUUUUGUUAGCAUUGCAGCAAUUACCCCUGCCAAAACUGACUGUGAGAAUUGCGACUAAACUGCUAUCCUGGCUGCUGUCCCUGGUAGCAUUGCGGGACCAACUCCUGCUGAGACUGGCUGUUAGCAUCGCGGCAAACCAGUUCCAACCCUGCUGUGCCCGAAUGUUAGCAAUAAUAUUUGGAAAAAUUUGGAUGAUCAAUUUUAUCUGAACGUUAUAGCAUGAAUUGUGCCAUCUUGCUUGCUGUUUUCUUUAUACACUGAUGUGAAAAAUGUCAGAUUUUGCACUUUUGUACAAGGUUGUAGUAUAAUAAAAAAAAGCUGUUCCACUGAAAAUAAACCAGACAAACCAUGUGUUAUCAA